AUUGUUUGAACGCGUUCAAAAGUUGUUGUCGUCAUCAUCCCCCCGUCGGUCACACACAAACGUUCGUUCGAUCAUGACGGCGAUAAAAUCAGCGCCCCUGACGGCGACGCAAGGGAAAACCGAACGGCUGUUUGGCGACGGGGAGAUUUAAAACGUCGGCGGCGACAUCUGGACUGUCGGCUGCUCCGCAUGCGUGCUUCUGGUAACGACACUGACGACGACGGCAGACGACGGCGUGUUACUCCCGGCGUUUGCCUUCACGCGCGCUCGAGGUGUCUUUCAGAAUCGAAAAUCCAAAGGCCAAUUAAGAAGAAAAAGAGGUAUCUUUCGACGAGUGGCUAUUCAUGGCUAGCGCUCUGCUGCGAAACGCAACGCGUGUAGGAUUGGCGACCAGGAGUCUGAGGAGCAACCGGGUGACCGCGAGAACGAGUGACGAAAGGUGCAUCAUGACCGGUCGGGCGAGACUCGAGAAGGUCUUCGAGGAGUUGCAUACGAAUCCCUAUUACGACAAGUACGCUGAAAAGAUCGCGAAGCUGCAGCGGACCAGCCCGGAGGAAUUUCUGCAACGCAUCGAGCAACAGGAGAAGAAAAUUCGCGAGAAGCAAGUUAAACGCGUAAUUGUAAAUUAUCAGCCCUCGAAAUCGGCAACAUUUCCAUUCCUAUUAAAAAAUAUACGCUCGUCUUGGAGUCAAAUAAUAAAGAGGCAGUAUGUAAAAGAUUUAUCUCAAAAUAAGUACAUUACCACACCGAUUUUUUAUGUAAACGCUGGUCCUCACAUAGGACAUUUAUACAGCGCAGUUCUGGCUGAUGCUGUUGCUCGAUAUAACAACAUGUUGGGCCACAAAAUAUUUUUUACUACUGGUACCGACGAGCAUGGUAACAAAAUUAAAACCGCCGCAGCCGCAGCUGGUCUACCGAAUCUCGAGUACUGUACACAAAUUUCGCAGCAGUUCAAGGAAAUGUGCGAUAGGUUCGAAGUGGAUUAUUCGCGUUUCAUUAGAACCACUGAAAAGCGGCAUUGUGAUGCAGUGUAUCACUUUUGGAAACGGUUAGAAGAAAAGGGGCACAUCUAUCUUGGAAAGUACUCUGGAUGGUAUUGCGUAUCGGACGAAGCGUUCCUUUCUGAUGCAGAUUUGAUAGAACAGAAAGAUUCGACCGGCAAAAUAAUCAAGGUCUCCGCGGAAUCGGGAAAUACGGUAGAAUGGACGGAGGAAGAAAAUUAUAAGUUCCGACUUAGUGCAUUUCAAGACGAUCUCAAGUACUGGCUCAAAGAUGAAAACACAGUUAAACCAGCACUGUAUCAUAAAACAUUAUCCCAGUGGGUGGAGGAAGGUGUAUGUUUACAAGACUUGAGUAUUACUAGACUCAGAAAUAAAGUUCCUUGGGCUAUGCCUUCUCCGUGCGACGAGUCUCACUCGAUAUACGUAUGGAUGGAUGCUUUAAUAAAUUAUUUAACAGUCUUAGGAUAUCCAAAUGAAUCGUACAAAGAAUUUUGGCCACCUAAUAUUCAAGUAAUUGGAAAAGAUAUUUUGAAAUUUCACGGUAUCUAUUGGCCAGCAUUCUUAAUAGCGGCAGGUCUCGAGCCUCCAAAGACGUUGCUGUGUCACGCUCAUUGGACUGUUGAUCAUAAAAAGAUGUCAAAAUCAAUAGGAAACGUAAUUUCGCCAUUCAAAGCUGCAAAUGAUUAUUCGGAAGAGGGAUUACGAUAUUUUAUUCUGAGAGAGGCGGUGCCACAGAACGACGCAAAUUAUAGCUCCAAGAAAAUUGUUAACAUACUGAACUCCGAAUUGGCUGAUACACUGGGCAAUUUAGUCAGUCGUUGUGCGGGUAAAGCGGUCAAUCCGUCCAAAGAGUUUCCCGAUCCGGCGAAAUAUUGGAACGUGUUGCAAUCUCAGGUGGCUGAUGAGACUAGAGAGGCUUUAAAGUCGGUAGGUGAAAAAGCACGCAAGAGUUACGAGGAGUACAAUUUGCAUCACGUUGUGGACGCAGUCAUAAGUAUGCUUCAUUGCGCGAAUAAAAUGGUGGCGUAUCAUGAGCCUUGGCAGCUGAGGAAACAAGUCGACGAUGCGAAUUCGAUCGAGGAACUUAAAGCUGUGAUAUCACUGGCUCUGGAAAGUAGUAGAAUAGGAGCUUUAAUACUAUAUCCAAUUAUACCGAGAUUAAGCAGUAGUUUGCUCGAUUUUCUGAAUAUUCCGAAGGAGAAUCGCAUGUGGACGGACACUGUUCCUGAAGUUUUCAACAGUAGCACGAAAGAGAGGCGUAUCGAACACAAUAAUCUGAUAUUGUUUAAGAAAAUAAGGAGUCAAUAAAUAUUUAUACAUUUA